AACGGAGCUCCGAUCCCCGCGCAGCCACCGCGAUGAGAGGCGCUUGCGGCGCCUGGGAUUUUCUCCGCGUCCUGCUCCUACUGCUCCGCGUCGAGACAGGCUCUUCUCAACCAUCUGUGAGUCCAGGGGAACCGGCUCUUCCAUCCAUCCAGCCAGCACAAUCAGAGUUAAUAGUCAGCGCUGGCGACAACAUCAGGCUGACAUGCACUGAUCCUGCCUUUGUCAAAUGGACUUUCGAGACCCUGGAUCAGAUAAGUGAGAAUAAGCACCACGAAUGGGUCAGAGAAAAAGCAGAGAUCACCGACACAGGCAAAUACACGUGCGUCAACAGAGGCGGCUUGAAGAGUUCCGUUUAUGUGUUCGUCAGAGAUCCUGCCAGGCUUUUCCUCGUUGGCCUUCCCUUGUAUGGGAAAGAAGACAAUGACACGCUGGUCCGCUGUCCACUGACUGACCCAGAGGUGACCAAUUACACCCUCAGGGAAUGUGAGGGGAAGUCUCUCCCCAAGGACCUGACGUUUGUCCCUGACCCCAAGGCUGGCAUCACAAUCAGAAAUGUGAAACGUGUCUAUCAUCGGCUGUGUUUCCGGUGUGCUGCUGAACGGGCCGGCAAGCUGGUGUUGUCAGACAGAUUUGUCCUGAAAGUGAGGGCAGCCAUCAAAGCUAUACCAGUUGUGUCAGUGUCCAAAUCCAGCUAUCUUCUUAGAGAAGGGGAGGUAUUUACAGUGGCGUGCACAAUAAAAGACGUGUCUACUUCUGUGGGCUCCAUGUGGAUAAAGGAGAAUGGUCAGACUAAAGCACAGGUAAAACGUAAUAGCUGGCACCGGGGUGACUUUGAUUAUGAGCGCCAGGAAACCUUGACUAUCAGCUCAGCAAGAGUUAAUGACUCUGGAGUGUUCAUGUGUUAUGCCAAUAAUACUUUUGGAUCAGCAAAUGUCACAACAACCUUGAAAGUAGUAGAUAAAGGAUUCAUUAAUAUCUCCUCCAUGAUGAAUACCACAAUAUUUGUAAACGAUGGAGAAAAUGUAGAUUUGAUUGUUGAAUACGAGUCUUACCCCCAACCUGAGCACCUACAGUGGAAAUAUAUGAACAGGACCUCCACCAAUAAAUGGGAGAAUAACCCCAAGACUAAGAACGAAAGUAACAUCAGAUAUGUGAACAAACUUCACCUAACCAGAUUAAAAGGGACCGAAGGAGGCACUUACACAUUUCUCGUGGCUAACUCUGAUGUCAAUGCUUCAGUGACAUUUAAUGUUUACGUGAACACAAAACCAGAAAUCCUGACGUACGACAGGCUCAUGAAUGGAAUGCUCCAGUGUGUGGCAGCAGGGUUCCCUGAGCCCACAAUAGAUUGGUAUUUUUGUCCAGGAAUGGAGCAGAGGUGCUCUGUGCCUGUCCAGCCAGUGGAUGUGCAGAUCCAGAAUUCAUCUGUGCCACCAUUUGGGAAAUUAGUGGUUCAAAGUUCCAUUGACUCCAGCGUGUUCCGGCACAAUGGCACAGUGGAGUGUAAGGCUUACAACGAUGUGGGCAAGAGCUCUGCCUACUUUAACUUUGCAUUUAAAGGUAACAGCAAAGAACAAAUCCAUCCACACACGUUGUUCACACCUUUACUGAUUGGCUUCGUGAUCACGGCUGGCAUGAUGUGCAUCAUUGUGAUGAUUCUCACCUACAAAUAUUUACAGAAACCCAUGUAUGAAGUACAAUGGAAGGUUGUCGAGGAGAUAAAUGGAAACAAUUAUGUUUACAUAGACCCAACACAACUUCCUUAUGAUCACAAAUGGGAGUUUCCCAGAAACAGGCUGAGUUUUGGGAAGACAUUGGGUGCUGGAGCCUUUGGGAAGGUCGUGGAAGCCACUGCUUAUGGCCUAAUUAAGUCAGAUGCGGCCAUGACAGUGGCCGUGAAGAUGCUCAAGCCAAGUGCUCACUUAACGGAACGGGAAGCCCUCAUGUCUGAACUCAAGGUCCUGAGUUACCUUGGGAAUCAUAUGAAUAUUGUGAACCUUCUUGGAGCGUGCACCGUUGGAGGACCCACUCUGGUCAUUACAGAAUAUUGUUGCUAUGGUGAUCUUUUGAAUUUUUUGAGAAGAAAACGUGAUUCAUUUAUUUGCUCAAAGCAGGAGGAUCAGGCAGAAGCAGCACUUUAUAAGAAUCUUCUGCAUUCAAAGGAGUCUUCCUGCAAUGAUAGUACUAAUGAGUAUAUGGAUAUGAAGCCUGGAGUCUCUUACGUUGUCCCCACCAAGGCAGAGAAAAGGAGAUCUGCAAGAAUAGGCUCAUACAUAGAAAGAGAUGUGACUCCUGCCAUCAUGGAGGAUGACGAGCUGGCUCUGGACCUGGAAGACUUGCUAAGCUUCUCCUACCAAGUGGCAAAGGGCAUGGCUUUCCUUGCCUCGAAAAAUUGUAUUCACAGAGACUUGGCAGCCAGAAAUAUCCUCCUUACUCAUGGUCGAAUCACAAAGAUUUGUGAUUUUGGUCUAGCCAGAGACAUCAAGAACGAUUCUAACUAUGUGGUGAAAGGAAAUGCCCGCCUGCCUGUGAAGUGGAUGGCACCAGAAAGCAUUUUCAACUGCGUGUACACAUUUGAAAGUGAUGUCUGGUCCUAUGGGAUUUUUCUGUGGGAGCUGUUCUCUCUAGGAAGCAGCCCCUACCCUGGGAUGCCAGUGGAUUCCAAGUUUUACAGGAUGAUCAAGGAAGGCUUCCGGAUGCUCAGCCCUGAGCAUGCACCUGCUGAAAUGUACGACAUUAUGAAGACUUGCUGGGAUGCUGAUCCCCUAAAAAGGCCAACGUUCAAGCAGAUCGUUCAGCUCAUUGAGAAGCAGAUUUCAGAUAGCACCAAUCAUAUUUACUCCAACUUAGCCAACUGCAGCCCGCGCCCAGAGAACCCCAUGGUGGACCACGCUGUGCGCGUCAACUCCGUCGGCAGCAGCGCCUCUUCCACCCAGCCCCUGCUUGUGCAUGAAGAUGCCUGAGCAGAAAGAGCACGGGGUCUCCCUCGCAGGCGUGACGCCCAUUCUUUUGGCUUCCUUAUGGUUAUUUUGUUUUCCUUCGACUUGCAUCCUACUCCAGGGUAGUGGGCGACCCCCACUAUAAUCCUGUCUUUAUGAGCACACUUUAGUGGCUGGUGAUUGUUUUGUCAUCAGCCACCAAUCCAUUGCAAAGGUUCGAACUGUAUAUA